CAACAUUACUUACUCAAGAGGAGGACUGGUAAUCUGUUAGUAGGUAUUGGAACAUUUAUCUAGAAGGAUAAACUGACAUGGAAAUGUACUUUAUGGGGUAUUAGUUUAUAAAACGGAACACUGAGAGAUUCCAUGGGAUGUAUUCUACGAGAGGAUUAAGAAGAUAACUAUUGAUUAGUAUAUACAUAUAUAUAUAUAUAUUACAAACAUACAUCUAUCAAAGUUUUUUUUUUUUUUAACUAUUUCAGGGCAAGAUUCAUAUUUUUUUUAGGUGGACAAAUAUCGAACACUAGUAUUGGACACCUUAAUGAAGAAAAAUGCUGAAAGAAAAAGUAGGACCGCUUUAUACACGUUACAUUUUGAAUGAUAUUUCUCAUGUCUUGAAUUUACAGUAUAAGGAUUUUUAAAUGCAGAUGCAAACCAGACGUAGCACAUCUUGCUCGGAACACAACACACUUGUAUAAAGAAAGUUACACAUCAAGAAAAAACGCUUUUUUUAAUUUUAAUAGAUUACAGUCGAGCUAAACAGUCAGAACAAAGAAGGAAAAGGAUAUACAACCAUGAUAAGCUACUGGUCAGCUUUUUGGGGACUGUGGUGGAGUUCGUGCUGUGUUUUCAAUGCUGCUGGAAACAGUGCUUUAUUUGAUAGCAAUAACGAAAUCCAUUCAAGUUUCAUUCAUAGGAGGUUGAGGACACACGAAAAGAGAGAGAUGCAGAAAGAGAUUCUCUCAGUCCUGGGACUGCCACAUAGACCCAAACCGCAUGUGUCACCUGGCAAGUACAAUUCAGCCCCGCUGUUUAUGUUGGAGCUAUACAAUACCAUUUCAAACGAAGAGAAGAAAGAAGUAGAGGGUUUUUUGGAUCAGUACAAAUCCAUCUUCACGACACAAAGUCCACCUCUUGCCAGUUUACAAGACAGUACCUUCUUAAACGAUGCUGACAUGGUGAUGAGCUUCGUUAACUUGGUGGAGUACGACAGAGAGUUCUCACCUCGCCGGCGGCAUCACAAGGAGUUUAAAUUCAACCUGUCUCAGAUUCCAGAGGGGGAGGCUGUCACAGCCUCAGAGUUUCGCAUCUACAAGGACUGUGUUAGCAAUGCCUUCAAAAAUGAAACCUUCCACAUCAGCAUCUAUCAAGUGGUACAGGAACACAAGGGCAGCGAGGCAGAUCUGUUCCUGCUGGACACACGGACACUGUGUGCUGCGGAGGAGGGUUGGCUGGAGUUCGAUAUCACUGCCACCAGUAACCUUUGGGUGAUGAACCCCAGACACAAUUUAGGCCUUCAACUCAGUGUGGAGACCAGCAAUGGCAACAGCAUUAACCCUAAGGAGGCAGGUUUGAUUGGGCGGGACGGCCCUCGUGACAAACAACCUUUCAUGGUGGUAUUCUUCAAGGUGAGCGAGGUUCACAUCCGGACCACCCGCUCAGCACCUAACAAGCGCAGGCAACAGAGCCGCAACAGGUCCGCACAGCCACAGGACAUGCCCAGGAACCCAAACAUGUCAGGUUACAAUAGCAGUGAGCAGAAGACAGCUUGUAAAAAACAUGAGUUGUAUGUCAGUUUCCGAGAACUUGGGUGGCAGGAUUGGAUCAUUGCACCAGAAGGAUAUGCAGCAAACUACUGUGCUGGUGAAUGCUCAUUUCCCCUCAAUGCGCACAUGAAUGCCACAAACCAUGCAAUUGUGCAGACACUGGUCCACCUCAUGAAUCCAGAGAAUGUCCCAAAGCCUUGCUGUGCACCCACCAAACUAAAUGCAAUUUCUGUCCUCUACUUUGACGAUAAUUCAAAUGUGAUUCUGAAGAAAUACAAGAACAUGGUAGUCAGAGCUUGUGGGUGUCAUUGACAACGAAGCCAGAGUCAGGAGCUCAUUGGAAUUGUAUAAAAUGUUGUUUAACCAAUUUAACCUGCUGCAGCACUGCUUUGGGGAAAACAUGCUUUAUCUACUUUACCCUUUAAUUAUACAGGAGUAGUGUGGGCCACCUGACACUGUUUUUCCUAUACUUCUUGACAGGAAAAUGAAAGCCCACGUACAGAUCCUGUAAUUUUAAAAGACUGCAUACUUCCACAUGAGUUACAAUACUGAAAUAGUCCAGAUUAACUGCAACAAUGGUUAUCACCUAGAACUAAGGGUGGGAUAUUGAUUCAUUUAAAUAGAAAAAAGUUAUAUGUAUUUUACUUUUUGCCAAAGUUGUCAUUUUAAUGUUUUCAGUCAAGCUGUCUAAUGUCUGGCUUUAUUAUAUUUUACUUGUUAUAUUCAUCCCCAGACAAUAAGAACAAUACUUUUGAUAUUCUACUCAGUUAACAGUUUAGAAUUUUUUACCUCUUGCAAAGAAUUGCUUCUAAUGUGCAUGUACUGUUCUACAACGGGCUGCAAUUUUAAGAGGGGCUCUGGGUUUGGUACAAAUAUUCCAGUACAGGAACAAAAAAAAAAAACAUAUUUACUGGGAUGCAAACAAACACUAAACCACUGUCAGUUAGUCAGCAGGAAACUUGUUUUAUGUAUUUACAUUUACAGGCCAUAUUCACAAAGAAUGUAAUACUAUGCUAAGCUUGCACCAUUUUUAGGCACAACUAAGAUGUGUAGGAGCCCUUAAAUGAACCUCCUGAGCUACUUAUUUGAAACUUUUAAACAUCGACAUUCUCUUUGCUUUUAGCCAAGAUUUUAUUUAUGCACAACAGUAAAUACUUGGUGAAUAUUUAUUUUAAUCUUGUGUCAUAAAUAUGUAGCCUAUCACCCAAAAAAUUACUCAAAUUAAUGCUGGCUUAAAAGCAGUGGGUUUAUAUUAGCAAAUACCAUAUAUUGUUUUCAGCAACUAAUAUAGUCCUAAAUCUCUUGAACAUUAUACUUAUUAUACAUUAUAUUAAGAAACAAGUGUCACAAAUGCAUUACUAACAUGAGGUACACCACAUAUUGAUUACUUUAACAGUAAGCUAUUUCUAUACAUUUACCAUAAUCAUAUGUUGUUUUUUUUUAACUUUGAAUAAUAUUUUUUUGUACUACUUUAUUACCCUAUAAGUGCAUCACAAGCAACAAUGACAUCAUUGGGUCUGAAUGCAAUUGUCCAUUGAGAACUUCAGGCAACAGCCAAUGGAUUAACAAUAUAGUGGCAAUUUCAAUGUAAUUUGUAUAUUGUUUCACAGACUAUGAAGGCCAGUGGUACUCAACUCUGGCCUUUGAGAUCAAAUCCAACCAGUUCCCAAAUUAGUGAACUGCCUCUUUGCAGCUUCAGUUAACUACAUUAAAACCUGCUUGGUGUAAAAACCUGGACUGGAUUGGAUUGGAUCUCGAGGGCCAGAGUUGAGUACCACCGAUACAGACUAUGAUGAAAAAGAAAUCUCAGUGAAGUGAUGUUUACAUUUCAAUUCAUUUAUAUGUAAAUAGUUGUACAUGUUCUACUUAUUUAUUUCACUGAUGCAUUUAUACAUCCAUUAGAAGAAACACUAUUCCUCAAACAAAGACAACACUUUUUGAAAAAAAUUUAUUAUGAAAUUGUCAGAAAGUCAUGUAAACAAUUUUACAAUUCAUUUUAUUUUUGUACAAAAGAAUGUUCUUGGGCAAUGUACAAAUCAGCUUUCCUUCACUGGAGACUUGUAUACGUCUUUUAGACCAUGUGCUAUCCAUAAAGAUUUUACUGACAUUAAGUGGUUUUCCUGUCCAGUCCUUUGUUUCCUUAAUUGAAUGGGCAUACAUUUAACUUGCGUCUCUCACACACACAAAACAAAGACCUUUGUAUGAAGCACUGUAUUUUUUA